AUGGCGAGAAAGCUCAGUGUAUUGGAAGUCCUUCUGAUCAUUUUCAAUAUAGUUGUAUUGGCAGUAGAUAUCCUCUUGUUGCUUCUUGUGCUGGAGGAUUCUCCAGGUAAGGGUGAUGGUUCAUUUACUCCUGAUUGUCCAAACAUUGCUGAGUCAGAAAGAAUAGACUGUGCACCCGGCAAGGUGGUGACAGAGGAUGUCUGCAGAUGGCAGUAUCAAUGCUGCUGGAAGCAAGUGGCAGAUACCAAAGCCCCUGCAUGCUUCUUCCCUAAAAACUGGGGUUAUGAAGUCACCAGUGUCAUUAAUACAAGCACAGCCUUAGGGUUUACUGCUCAGUUGAAAAAGUUGUCAACACCAUCUCAUUUUGGAAAUGAUAUCGUUGAUGCCCACUUCACAGCUGAAUAUCAGGCAGCCAACCGUUUUCAUUUUAAGAUCACUGAUUCCAGUGAGUUACGCUAUGAAGUCCCUCAUGAAAACAUCAACCUCAUGAAUGGGACUGCUGAUGCAUCUACUUUGAGCUACUCUGUAGAGGUCAUCAAAAUGCCCUUCAGCAUCCGAAUAAUACGAAAGAGCAACAGAAAAGUCUUGCUGGACACAGGCAUUGGGCCCCUUCAGUUUGCCCAGCAGUACCUGCAGCUGUCUUUCCGACUGCCCAGCUCCAAUGUGUAUGGGCUGGGGGAGCAUGUCCAUCAGCAAUACCUCCACAACAUGAGCUGGAACACCUGGCCCAUCUUCACCAGAGAUGCCACUCCCACAGAGGGCAUGGCUAAUCUGUAUGGAGCACACACAUUCUUCUUGUGCCUUGAAGAUACCAGUGGGGCUUCUUUGGGGGUUUUCCUUUUGAACAGCAAUGCCAUGGAGGUCACUCUUCAGCCUGCUCCUGCCAUCACGUACCGCACAACCGGGGGCAUUCUUGACUUUUACAUCUUCCUGGGAAACACACCAGAGCAAGUAGUUCAAGAAUACCUGGAGGUUGUUGGACGGCCAUUCUUGCCUUCCUACUGGAGCCUUGGUUUCCAGCUCAGCCGCAGGGAUUACGGUGGCACCGAGGGGUUGAGAGAGGUUAUAGAACGAAACCGUAAAGCUGACAUCCCUUAUGAUGUGCAAUACUCAGACAUAGACUACAUGGAUGGAAAGAAAGAUUUCACGAUUGAUGAACAGACUUACCCCAAUCUUACAGAUUUGGCUAAGGACCUCCAUGACAAUGGACAGAAAUAUGUAAUUAUUCUGAACCCUGGCAUCUUCAAGAACAAUACCUAUGAGGCCUACAGGAAUGGAAGCCAAAGCAGAGUGUGGAUCAUGAGCUCCAGUGGAUUUGCUGUUGGGGAGAGUUAUUCGGGAGAGUCAGUCUUUCCUGACUUUUCCAAUCCAGCCUCUAUUCCGUGGUGGACCCAGCAGCUCAGUGAAUUUUACAGCCGUCUGGAGUUUGAUGGUGUGUGGAUUGAAAUGGAUGAACUGUCUACACUUCCUCAAGGUCCCAAUGUCAGGUGUGAUGCGAACGACUUGAACAACCCUCCGUUCACUCCCAGUGUCCUGGAUAGCUCACUGUUGGUAGGAACCCUCUGCAUGGACACAGAAUUUUACUCAGGCCUUCAUUAUGAUGUCCACAGCAUCUAUGGCUACACCAUGUCAAGAGCCACAGAUUUGGCCCUGAGUACUGUCUUCUCGCCCAAGAGGAACUUCAUCUUAUCACGUUCUACUUUUGCUGGGUCUGGCAAAUUUGCCGCUCAUUGGCUGGGAAACAAUGCAGCCACCUGGGAUGACCUCCGAUGGUCCAUCCCCAGCAUCCUUGAGUUUAACUUAUUUGGAAUCCCCAUGGUAGGGGCCAACAUCUGUGGCUAUAGAAACAAUGUCACAGAGGAACUCUGCAGAAGAUGGAUGCAACUUGGAGCAUUUUACCCACUGUCCAGGAAUCACAAUGGUCCUGCGUACAGGGACCAGGACCCUGCUGCCUUUGGCCUUGACUCUCUGCUAUUGGAAUCCUCAAGAUAUUAUCUGAUCGCCCGUUAUACCUUAUUACCCUAUCUCUACACCCUCUUCUACCGUGCUCACACACUUGGGGAGACAGUAGCAAGGCCCCUAGUCCAUGAGUUCUAUCAAGACCCAGCCACAUGGGAUGUACAUGAACAGUUCUUGUGGGGGCCUGGACUACUUAUCAUGCCUGUGUUAUAUGAAGGAGUGGACCACAUAAAAGCCUAUAUCCCAGAUGCCAUCUGGUAUGACUUUGAGACACAACUGGCUAUCGAAUGGAGGAAACAAUUUGUAGACAUGCUAUUACCAGGUGACAAGAUAGGGCUUCACCUUCGAGGUGGCUACAUAUUUCCCAUCCAGACGCCAAACACAACCACAGAGGCAAGCCGGAAGAAUCCCUUGGGACUCAUUGUUGCCUUGGACCAUAAGCGAGAAGCAAAGGGCCAGUUGUACUGGGAUGAUGGUGUGUCUAAAGACACAGUGUUAGAAAGGAAGUACAUUCUGUAUGAUUUCUCUGUUACAUCUAACCGCUUACAGGCAAAAAUUAUAAACAACAAUUAUGUGGAUCCCAAUGACCUCGUGUUUGCAGACAUCAAUAUCUGGGGGAUGGACAAAGAGCCAAGUGGUCUUAAUGUCUUACUUAAAGGCAGUACCAUCCCCAUUUCAAACUAUGUGUACAAUCCUUCAACAAAGGUGUUGAACAUCUCUGACCUCAUAGGACUGAAGCUGGGACAAGAAUUCUCCAUUGAGUGGACUCUUGCAGUCAGUGACCUGGAGAAGUUUAACUGCUUCCCCGAGGAUCCUGCAGUCUCUGAGGAGAGCUGCAAGCAGCGUGGGUGCCUCUGGGAGCCCACAACUACUCCUGGAGUGCCUACCUGUUUCUAUGACACCAUUCCCCAAUAUGCUGCCAGUAACGUUCAGUACCAGCCAACAGGCAUAACCAUGGACCUGACCCUUCUGGAAGACUCAACAUCUGCUCGGGCAGCAGCAGCUCCAAGUGUCUCUGAUCCUCUUUCUGGAAAGAUCAGCUCUCUGAAACUGAGUGUAAUUUACCAUACAGAAAACAUGCUGCAGUUCAAGAUUUACAGCCCCACUAACAAGAGAUACGAGGUCCCAGUACCUUUGAACAUCCCUGCUGCGCCACUUGGAUCCUCUGAGGACUGCCUGUAUAAUGUCACAGUUAAAACCAACCCAUUUGGACUCCAAAUUAGAAGGAAAAGCUCCAAUACUGUGAUUUGGGAUUCUCAGCUCCCUGGCUUCACCUUCAGUGAGAUGUUCCUUUCCAUUUCUACUCGCCUUCCAUCUCAGUACAUCUACGGCUUUGGGGAAACAGAGCACGCAUCUUUCAGAAGAAACAUGAGUUGGAACAUGUGGGGAAUGUUUGCUCGGGAUGAGCCACCAGCGUACAAGAAGAAUUCCUAUGGUGUUCACCCUUACUAUAUGGCAUUGGAAGAUGAUGGCAAUGCCCACGGAGUGCUCCUGUUGAACAGCAAUGCCAUGGAUGUGACACUCCAGCCAACCCCUGCUCUGACAUACCGCACCAUAGGAGGGAUUCUGGAUUUCUACAUGGUUCUGGGGCCAACCCCUGAACUUGUAACUCAGCAAUACACCCAGUUGGUUGGUCGACCAGCCAUGCCUCCAUACUGGGCCUUAGGAUUCCAGCUGAGUCGCUAUGGAUACAAGAAUGAUGAUGAAAUUGCCAGUUUGUAUGAUGCAAUGGUGGCAGCCCAGAUUCCCUAUGAUGUCCAGCAUGUAGACAUAGAUUACAUGAUCCGAAAGUUGGACUUCACCCUGAGCCCCAGCUUUCAAAAUCUUGGUGCCCUGAUUAAUCAAAAGAAGACAAAUGGCAUGAAGUUUAUUCUCAUUCUGGACCCAGCCAUUUCUGGCAAUGAGACACACUAUCUACCAUUUACUCGAGGACAGGAAAACAAUGUGUUCAUCAAAUGGCCUGACUCCAAUGACAUUGUCUGGGGAAAGGUUUGGCCAGAUUUGCCCAAUGUAAAUGUGGAUGGUUCUCUUGACCAUGAGACUCAAGUUAAGCUAUACAGGGCCUAUGUUGCUUUUCCUGAUUUCCUGCGAGACAGCACAGCUGCGUGGUGGAAGAAAGAGAUAGAGGAGCUCUAUUCAAAUCCUCGGGAGCCAGAGAAGAGCUUGAAGUUUGAUGGGUUGUGGAUUGAUAUGAAUGAGCCUUCAACCUUUGUGGAGGGAUCCGUCAAGGGCUGCCGCAGUGAAAUUCUCAAUAAACCACCCUACAUACCGUAUUUAGAAGCCAGGAAUUUGGGCUUGAGCAGCAAGACCCUGUGCAUGGAGAGUGAGCAGAUCCUUCCAGACGGCUCCCGGGUGCGGCACUAUGAUGUGCACAACCUGUACGGGUGGUCCCAGACCAGACCCACCUACGAAGCUGUGCAGGAGGUGACAGGACAGAGAGGGAUCGUCAUCACCCGCUCCACAUUCCCCUCUUCUGGACGAUGGGCCGGACACUGGCUGGGAGACAACACAGCUGCCUGGGACCAGCUGGGGAAAUCCAUCAUUGGCAUGAUGGAGUUCAGUCUCUUUGGAAUACCUUAUACAGGAGCAGACAUCUGUGGGUUCUUUGGAGAUGCUGAGUAUGAGAUGUGUAUCCGCUGGAUGCAACUGGGAGCAUUUUAUCCAUUUUCCAGGAACCACAACAAUGCAGGAACUAAGAGACAAGAUCCCGUGGCCUGGAAUUCAACCUUUGAGGAAUACUCAAGGAGAGUGCUGCAGACCAGAUACUCUUUGCUGCCAUAUCUGUAUACCCUGAUGCAUAAAGCUCACGCUGAGGGCAGCACCGUCAUCCGACCCCUUCUCCAUGAGUUCACAGAUGACAAUGUAACGUGGGAUAUAGACCAACAGUUCAUGUUGGGCCCAGCUAUCCUGAUCAGCCCCGUUUUGGAAAGUAACACUUUUGAGAUCCCUGCUUAUUUCCCCAGAGGCCGGUGGUAUGACCAUAGCACGGGAUUUGGCCAAGACUCAACAGGUGACUGGCAAAUACUGGCCGCUCCUCUGGAUCACAUCAACAUUCAUGUCAGAGGAGGCUACAUCCUGCCUUGGCAAGAGCCUGCAAUGAACACUUACUACAGCCGACAAAAUUUUGUGGGGUUGACUGUUGCUUUGGAUGAUAAAGGGGAAGCUGAAGGUCAGAUGUUUUGGGAUGAUGGACAAAGCAUUGAUACGUAUGAAAAGGGAUUUUAUUUCUUGGCUAACUUUAGAGCAACACAGACCACCUUGAAAAUUCAGGUCCUACAUAAUCAGUAUCUGAGUGACUCAAAUCCACUGAAAGUUGGAUACAUUAGAAUCUGGGGUUUAAACUCCUCUUCUGUGGUAAAUGUCCGUGUUACCUACAACAACCAGCAAUCCAUUGAGAACAAUUUCACAAGUGACCCCUACAAUCAGAAACUAACAAUUCAACUGACGGAAAAGAAUAUAACCCUAGAAAAGAUGACAGAGAUUAUCUGGGUUUAUGGAGAUCCUGUACUUCCCCCACCAGAUACAACCAGUGUAUUUCCCACAAGCCCUCACACAACUGCAUCUAGCACUGAACUCUCAACCAGUAUUGCUGUUACAACUACACCUGAAACAGAAGUUACUUCCACACCCACACUUCCUGAAAUAACUACACCUUUCCCUACGAGUCCUACUGCUAACACUAGUGAUAUGAUUACUAUGACAACCACAGCUCCUUAUCCAACUGUUGACAAUACAACAGACCCCACAUUUGCCAACACAACUACAUCUUUCCCUAUGAGUCCUACUGCUAACACUAGUGAUGUGAUUCCUAUGACAACCACAACUUCUGAAAUAACUACUACUGACAGUACAACUGGCCCCAUAUUUCCUGACACAACCACACCUAUAACUGUGAGUCCUACUUUUAACACUAGUGAUGUGAUUACUAUGACAACCUCAACUCCUGAACCAACUGUUGACAAUACAACUGACCCCACAUUUCCCAACAUAACUAAACCUUUUCCUAUGAGUCCUACUGCUAACACUAGUGAUGUGAUUACUAUGACAACCCCAACUCCUUAUCCAACUGUUGACAAUACAACUGACCCCACAUUUCCCAACAUAACUACACCUUUCCCUAUGAGUCCUAUUGUUAACACUAGUGAUAUGAUUACUAUGACAACCCCAACUCCUUAUCCAACUGUUCACAAUACAACUGACCCCACAUUUCCCAACACAACUACACCUUUCCCUACGAGUCCUACUGCUAACACUAGUGAUGUGAUUCCUAUGACAACCACAACUCCUGAAAUAACUACUACUGACAGUACAACUGGCCCCAUAUUUCCUGACACAACCACACCUAUAACUGUGAGUCCUACUGCUAACACUAGUGAUGUGAUUACUAUGACAACCACAUCUUCUUAUCCAACUGUUGACAAUACAACUGACCCUACAUUUGCCAACACAACUACACCUUUCCCUAUGAGUCCUAUUGUUAACACUAGUGAUGUGAUUACUAUGACAACCCCAACUCCUUAUCCAACUGUUGACAAUACAACAGACCCCACAUUUGCCAACACAACUACACCUUUCCCUACCAGUCCUACUGUUAACACUAGUGAUGUGAUUCCUAUGACAACCACAACUUCUGAAAUAAUUACUACUGACAGUACAACUGGCCCCAUAUUUCCUGACACAACCACACCUAUAACUGUGAGUCCUACUUUUAACACUAGUGAUGUGAUUACUAUGACAACCUCAACUUCUGAACCAACUGUUGACAAUACAACCAACCCCACAUUUGCCAACACAACUACACCUUUCCCUAUGAGUCCUAUUGUUAACACUAGUGAUGUGAUUACUAUGACAACCCCAACUCCUUAUCCAACUGUUGACAAUACAAGAGACCCCACAUUUGCCAGCACAACUACAUCUUUCCCUAUGAGUCCUAUUGUUAACACUAGUGAUAUGAUUACUAUGACAACCACAGCUCCUUAUCCAACUGUCGACAAUACAACAGACCCCACAUUUACCAACAUAACUACACCUUUCCCUACAAAUCCUACUGCUAACACUAGUGAUGUGAUUCCUAUGACAACCACAACUCCUGAAAUAACUACUACUGACAGUACAACUGUCCCCACAUUUCCUGACACAACCACACCUAUAACUGUGAGUCCUACUUUUAACACUAGUGAUGUGAUUACUAUGACAACCUCAACUUCUGAACCAACUGUUGACAAUACAACCAACCCCACAUUUGCCAACACAACUACACCUUUCCCUAUGAGUCCUAUUGUUAACACUAGUGAUGUGAUUACUAUGACAACCCCAACUCCUUAUCCAACUGUUGACAAUACAAGAGACCCCACAUUUGCCAGCACAACUACAUCUUUCCCUAUGAGUCCUAUUGUUAACACUAGUGAUAUGAUUACUAUGACAACCACAGCUCCUUAUCCAACUGUCGACAAUACAACAGACCCCACAUUUACCAACAUAACUACACCUUUCCCUACAAAUCCUACUGCUAACACUAGUGAUGUGAUUCCUAUGACAACCACAACUCCUGAAAUAACUACUACUGACAGUACAACUGUCCCCACAUUUCCUGACACAACCACACCUAUAACUGUGACUCCUACUUUUAACACUAGUGAUGUGAUUCCUAUGAUAACCUCAACUCCUGAACCAACUGUCGACAAUACAACUGACCCCACAUUUCCCAACAUAACUACACCUUUCCCUACAAGUCCUACUGCUAACACUAGUGAUGUGAUUCCUUUGAUAACCACAACUCCUGAACCAACUGUUGACAAUACAACCAACCCCACAUUUGCCAACACAACUACACCUUUCCCUAUGAGUCCUAUUGUUAACACUAGUGAUGUGAUUACUAUAACAACCCCAACUCCUUAUCCAACUGUUGACAAUACAACUGACCUCAUAUUUCCCAACACAACUACACCUUUCCCUACGAGUCCUACUGCUAACACUAGUGAUGUGACUUUGAUGACAAUUACAACUCCUUAAAUAACUACUACUGACAGUACAACUGACCCCACAUUUCCUGACACAACUACACCUUUCCCUACCAGUUCUACUCUAACACUAGUGAUGCUAUUCCUUCCGCAACCACAACUCCUGAAAUAACUAAGGCUGACAUUACAAGCGACACCACAUUUCCUGACACAACUGCAGCGUUCCUACAAGUCCUCCCACAGCUAACAGUAGUGAUGUCAUUCUUUACACAAUCACAACUCCUGAAACAACUGCUGUGCGUAGUGCAAAUAGCUCCGCUUUCCUGACAUAGCUACACCUUUCCUACAAAUCCUCCAACUGCCGUCACUGGUGAUGUGAUUCCUUUCACAACCACAGCUACAGAAACAAGUACUGCUGUCAGUGCAACUAGUACAUUUCCCAACACCACUACACCGUUCCCUACUCGUCUUCAUACUGCUGUCACUAGUGAUGGGAUUCAUUUCACAACCACAGCUACCGCAGCAAGUACUGUGGACAAUGCAGCUGGUACCACACUUCCUCCGAUAACUACACCAUGCCCUCAGAGUCCUGCUAUGGUUAGCACUACUGCUGUGAUUCCUGCCACAACGGCAGCAACUGAAAGAAGUACUGGGGAUGCUGCACACUCCGCGGCAGUGCCAUGAUCUCAUUCAAUGGGUCCAGUCCAGUGGUUCUCACCUUUCCUAAUUCUGUAACUACACAGUUCCUCAUAUUGCGGUAACCCUCAACUGUAAAAUUAUUUUGUUGCUCUUUCACAAUGUAAUUUUUCUGCUGUUAUUGGUCAUAAUGUAAAUUAUUUGAUAUAUGACCCCUGUGGAGGUCAAGACCCACAGGUUGAGAGCCAUUGGUAGCGCUAGAACACCCAAUACAGAAUCAUUACCUCAAAAAACUCUUUGAAACAAAGCUACAAAAGCUUGUGAAUAGAGACUUAGGAUAACUUGAAUGCCACGAACAGUUUUUGUCUCAUUAUAGCAGAUAUAGAUACUCCAAGAACUACAACAAUUAUAGACGUCUAAGGAUGUUUUCAUUCCAAACAUGACUUUUACCAAAGAAGGUACACAUGGUGAUUGUGAUGUCUGAAUGUAUACCACAAUUAUUUCUUAUGUUAGCUAUUAUACCUAUGACCUUAAUUGGUUAAAUGACACAUAUGUUCAUGACUUUCACUUGCAAUCGUAGUACCUCAUACCAUAGCACAGCACAUUCUGUGACUACUAUUUCUAUAGUUUUUUUUGAUAUAGUACCAACCCUAUUGUUUUCUUGGGUUACAAGGCAUAAUUCAAUAUUGGAGAGUCCUGGUGAUACUCAAGUUACCUCACAGCCAACUGCUCACUGAUGUAGGAGAUUCUUCUGUCUAUGUGUUGCUUUCAUUGGUUGAAUAACAAAACUGCCUUGGCCUUUUGAUAGGGCAGCCCUUAGGUGGGCAGAGUAGACAGAACAGAAUGCUGGGAAAAAGGGCAGUGUGGCAGACUCAAAAUGUGGUAUAUUUUUUGAUUAGGAAUACUCAACCUGUAUAUCUGUUUAUAGAAACUGCUCUAGAAUUUUGAAUUUACUCUUAUAAGAUAGCUUUAGGCCACUACUGUUCUUACUAAUGAGUAACUCUGAUAUGUCUACAAAUUAGAACUUACCCAGACAGAGGUAAGACUGCAGGCAUAGCCCCAGGAGACACUCUAUCCUGGAUUGGAGUUCAGAAUCAUGGUCACCUAUUUCUUUAUUUUAUUGUCAAGUCUAUUCUUUGGUGUGUUAGAGGUUCCUGAAUGAUCCUGAUAGUUCAUAUAUAAAUUUACCACUCAUCUUUGGUUUACUGCUUUGGUAGAUCACUCUCUAUCCUUGACAACAGAGUCAUGGAUAUUGCCAAAUUAAGCUAAUUAAUUGGGCACUAUUGAAGGCUUGAGCAGUAUUCUCGAAAUGUAGUUAUGAAAUCUAUGGGUGCCCGGACUCUUUGUAAAGUCAGUAGUAUCAACUGUUUUCAUAAUACCCGGUUGUUAUUUGUGUCUUUCACUCUUGUUAUCUUACUCGUAUAUAGUGGCAUUUUUCAGAGACUCCAAUGUGGCAUUGCAACAGAU